AUGUGCCACUUUCAGGUCUCCUCACACUGCUGGUGGGUUCCAUUUUGUCAUAGGGUGCUGGCAGAUUACGGGCCUCCCAUUGCUGCUGCCAGGCCCGUAAUCUGCCAUGGGCCCCCGUACCGCCUCCUCAUGCUGCUGCCAGGUCCAGAGUGUCUCAUGGGUCCCUGUACGGCCUCCCAUUGCUGCUGUCUCCAUCACCACACUCUGCCAUGUGCCACUUUCAGGUCUCCUCACACUGCUGGUGGGUUCCAUUUUGUCAUAGGGUUGCUGUAUGGCCUCCCAUUGCUGCUGCCUCCACCGCCACACUGUGGCUCCACACUCUGGUUUUGGCCCCGUGACUGCCCAAAUGAGUGAAGUGUGCGGUGAUUCUAAGAUCGACGGCACUCAUCUGCAUGUCAUACUGACUGACAGUAUUAUUUCUCUUCCCCAGCAGACUCCAAGGGCAUUUAAAUUAAAGGUACAGUGUUCUGCACUAAUAUAA